AUGGCAGUCCCAAUCGAGACAACAACCAGGCACCACACUCUCCCUGACGGCCGCAUCCUGGCCUACGGCAUUUACGGCCAUGACAGCCCCGACGCACCCACUCUCCUGUACCUGCACGGCUUUCCGGGCUCCCACUUCGAGGCCGAACUCUUCUCUGCGCCUGCCAGGGCUCGCGGCCUGCGCAUUGUGGCGCCGACACGGCCAGGCUACUCCGGGUCCACGCACGACCCCAAACGCACGCUCAUCUCCUUCGCCGCCGAUGUCCUCUCCCUGGCCGACGACCUCCACAUCCGGCGCUUUGCUAUCCUGGGCCUGAGCGGGGGUGCUCCAUUCGCCUUUGCCUGCGAUAACUCAGGAGACACAUUAUCGCCUUAUGUCAUCUCUCGCGACCGUCUUGCCGGCGUGGGCAUCUUGAGCGGUCUAUUUCCUCUUUCCUUCGGCACGGCGGGCAUGAUGCUCAUGAACCGGUUUCUCUUGGGCUUUGUGGGCCCUUACCUGCCGAGGCGGGUGGUGGCCAAGACAUUCGACUUGGCGCUGAGCAAGACCAUGCGGACCAAGAGCAUGGCAGAGCUUGAGGAUAUGAUGGCCAAGACGUUCAAGGGCCGGCCCGAGAAAGACCGUGUCGUGAUCGAGAGGGAUGAGGCUGGUAUCCGCACAGGAAUGAUCAACAGCUUGAGAGGCGCAAUGGUGACGUCGGGCGGACCUGGGGCCGCGAUGGAUGCGGCGCUGUAUGGGUGCGACUGGGGCUUUAGCCUAGAUGAACUGCAGAUUGGAAGGAAGGGAGAAGAGGGAAAGACAUCGGUUGUAGCCUGGCAUGGCGGUAGAGAUAUCAACGUUCCCGUGGCGAUGGUGAAGAGGGUGACUGAGUCGGUGCCGGCCAUAGACUUGAGGGUGGACGAGGAGGAGGCACAUAUUAGUUUGAUCGUCCGUAGGGCGGAUGACGUUCUUGCGACGAUGGCCGAGAUGCUGGAAGCUUGA